AUGACGAAGGCCUAUCUUCUCCAGUCAUGGAACGAAAAGAUGAUGUCUCCAGACCAGGACUUUAGGUUCAUGGCGCUUAGCGACUUGACAAACGAGAUCACACGAGAUCCCAGCGUCUUUCAAGGAGAUGAGUCUGCAGAGAUGAAGACAUUGGAUCAUGUCAUGAAGCUCGUCGAGGACACCAUCUCCGAAGUCAAAAACCAAGCAGUGCUCUGCCUCGGUCAACUGACAAAAAUAUUGCGUGAUUCUCAACAAGAUUUUGUUAUCGAGAAACUCAUCGCCCUCUUCAACGGCACCGAUGAUGAACUACGCGAUGUGGCGGGCCUAGCUCUGAAGACUGUGAUGACGAACAUUCCCGACGGUGUCGUUGGGAAAGCGUGUACCAAAGUCGGGCCCCGUUUGCUAAAGCAGCUUCAGAAUCCCUCCACCCCGCCAGAGGCUAUUUUGGAGGGACUUAGUAUUCUAGCAAUUCUUAACACUCGCGCUCCUGAUGAGAUUACUCGACUCGAUCCUCAGCCUGUUGCCGUCUUUACUCAACUCCUGAAGCAUAACCGUGUUGCAGUCAGAAAGAGAGCUAUAGUGACGAUUGCGCAAUUCAUCCCUGGCUCGGCUCCCAAUGUCUUCAAUGCCGUUUUGAAAGACUACAUCAUGCCAUCUUGGGGAGGCUCUGUUCCUUUGGACCGUAGAGUCACAGCCGUUCAGCUGGUUGGUGCCAUUGCGCGGACAGCCCCUCAAAAGCUUGGGCCGGUUGUCGGAGAGCUGCUACCAGGCAUCUUCUCUGCCAUUUCAAAAGAUGACCCAGAGCUCAAAGAAAGUUGCUUACAAACUCUCGAGUCGUUGGUACUUCGGUGCCCACAAGAGAUCACUCCUUGCCUCAAUCAGAUUAUCAACGCUGGUUUGGAGUAUAUCAAGUAUGAUCCUAAUUACGCCGCCGAUGACGAGGAAGACGAGGACGAAGAAAUGGAAGAUGCAGAUGAUGACGAUGACGAUGAUUCCGGAGCCGCAGAUGAAUACUCCGACGAUGAAGAUACCUCUUACAAAAUUCGCCGUUCCUCUACCAAGGUCCUCGCUGCUGUGAUUGGAACCCGACCAGAGAUGUUGUCAAAGAUUUACCAAACCGUUAGCCCUGUGCUGAUUUCCAGGUUCGGAGAUCGUGAAGAAAGCGUCAAGGUCGAAGUUUGGGCUACGUACAUCAUCCUCCUCAACCAAACAGGAGUGUAUGGAGGGACAACUGGUGGUCGUGACAACGACGCCGUCGCAGGGUCUAAACGGAAGAGGCAGGACGAGAACAUGGAUGUUGAAGAUUCGCCCCUUGAUCUGCUCAGAUCACAAGUAGCUGCCAUGUGCAAGGUUCUCCUCAAGCAACUGCACUCAAAGUCGCCUGCAUCAUCUUCACAAGCCGGGUUCCAACUGUUGAUUGAAUUAAUCACGGUUCUUCCCGGUGCACUAUCUCAGCAUGCCUCGAACGUUCUCGGAUGUGCCAAGAGUGUUUUGAGCCAAUCAGUCGCAAACACCACGACCACACUUCACACCACAACGCUUUCCUUCCUCGCUCUUUUCUUCAAGACGCAUCCUGCGGGGAGUUUCAACACAUCAGUUCUCUCAAUCACCCCCGUUCUCCUUACGGAGGCGACGCAAAAGCACCCCCGCGUAGCGACCGAGGCAUUCAAGGCGUUCUCCGCUCUACUUCAGGCAGUCUCACCAGUGACGAGUGGAGACUGGGCGCUACAAAUUUACAAGGAGGCUGUCAAUCGCCUCUCACGGAACGAUACAGAUGCAGAAGUUCGCGCUGCUGCCGAAGAAGUCAUUGGCGACCUUUGGGUCGCCGCAACUCCUAUCGUCAGCACUCAAGGCGGUGCUGAAUGGGAGGCUCUUCGACGGAGUGCGCGCCCAGAGGGGGCGGUCAAGGUGAUAAAAAAGGUCGGCGGGUCAAACGUUGUCAUGGAUGAGGCUUGGACAACGCAAUCAGUUGAGUGGGUACUUGGUAUUGUGCGCAAGAGUGGUCGGGGAGGUCGUGCCGAAUCGUUCGAGUGCCUUGAUGUCCUCGUCAGCAAGGGAACAGUUCCAGCACCGCUAGUCGUGGAGAUCACCAACCAGCUCAAAUCGUAUCUAACAAUUGCAGACAUUGCAGUUCUGGCGCAGGCUUUGUCAACCCUCUCCUUGCUCCUCAAAACCUAUACCAAGAUCACUUGCCCCAUAGUCGAAGAUGGGAGAUCGGGCUUCCUGGGUAUAAUAGCCGAGCUCGCUAGCUCUCCUCUUGUGAUGGGCGUAACUCUUUCCGCGGUUGAAGACUUUUAUGGCACCCUCGUCGCAGCCGACCCACAGAUCACCAGCCAUCUAAUUCCUGGUCUCAUGAUGAGAGCGGAGCGUGCUGGAAAGGAUGGUUCACCAUCGAAUGUCAGUAAAUGCAUCGCGCGAAUCCUUCGCUCCGACCCAAUGGAUAUCGCUGGUACAAUUUCAGAACUCAACAAGUCCAUCAAGGCUCGCAGUACAGCCAAGGAGAGUCAGAUUGUUCUUAGCUUGCUAACUCUUGGAGAAAUCGGUCGCACAGUUGAUAUGAGCCUUCAGGCCAACGUCUUCAGCGACGUGCUCCAAUUCUACACCAGUGACUCGGAAGCUGUUCGCUCGGCGGCGGCAUUCGCCAGCGGUAAUAUCUGCAUUGGAAACACUCAUGUCUUCCUACCCAAGAUUGUGAAUAUGAUUCAAACCGACGCAACUCGCCGCAUCCUUGCCCUUCAUGCCGUCAAAGAGGUCGUCAGCAACUGCUCCCAUGGUCAAUUGGAGGGUGUUGCAGAGGUCGUAUGGACUCCUCUCUUCCAGCAAUCAGGCAACACGGAUGAGGGUACUAGAAACGUCGCAUCUGCCAGUCUGGGCAAGCUUGCGGCCAUCAAUCCAGAAAGAUAUCUUGGCCAACUAUGUGCAAAACUACAAGACCCAUCGCCAGCUGUGAAAGCGACGGUUCUCUCCGCUCUUCGAUACACCCUGAUCGACAUUUCUGCCGAGUACGACGACCAACUCUCUCCGCUUAUUCCGGAGUUCUUGUCCCUCAUGAACGAUUCGAAUCUCGCUGUCCAGCGUCUUACAUUGUCCACUUUGAAUGCUGCUGCUCGCAACAAGCCGAACCUCAUCCAGGAGCAUCUACAGAAACUCAUGCCCGUGCUCUAUGCAGAGACCGCCCUUAAGCAACACCUCAUCAAGAUUGUCGACAUGGGUCCAUGGAAGCAUCGUGUCGACGAAGGAUUGGAGGCGCGCAAGACUGCGUAUGAGACUAUGUACACUCUGCUUGAGACUUGCCUACGCAAGCUCGACAUCAACGAGUUCCUCAGUCAUGUCCUCGUUGGUAUUGGUGACGAAGCAAAUGAGAUCAAGGUCUUGGGCUAUAUGAUGCUUUUCCGCCUCUCUCAAGUCGCUCCAACUGCUGUUGCACAAAGACUUGACGAAGCUCUUCCGGAGUUGGAGAAGACGAUGAAAGAUGUCACAGUCACCAAAGACACGGUCAAGCAAGACCUCGAGAGAGCAGCAGAGUUACAGCGGAGUUGCUUGCGUGCCAUUGCUGGCUUGAGCAAGAUUCGAACUGCCGGCGCAAGCCCAGGCUUUGACAUCUUCUUGACUAGACUAGAGUCGGGCAAGUGGGGCGCGGAGCUCAAGGAGUUGAGAGCGGGCAAUUAA